AUGCUUCAGUUUGGAAAGUACGUGGAGAUCAACUUCAACGGCGACGGCGCCAUCAGCGGCGCCGCCAUCCGCACCUACCUCCUGGAGCGGUCGCGCGUGGUGGCGGUCAACAACCCGGAGCGCUCCUACCACAUCUUCUACCAGCUCUGCGACGGUGCGAGCGCGGAGGAGCGGCGGCGGUGGCGGCUGAAGCCGGCGGCGCAGUACCACUACCUCAACCAGAGCACCUGCUUCGACAUCCCCGGGGACAGCAAUGCGGAGGAGUAUCAGCGCACCGUGACGGCCAUGGCGAAGGUCGGCAUACCCGCGGAGCAGCGGGAGGCGGUCCUGGCCUGCACCGCGGCGGUGCUGCACCUGGGCAACGUGGCGUUCGCGGAGGGCAGGGACGCCGACAGCAGCAUGGUCAAGACGGGCGGCGCCGCGGAGGAGGCGCUCGCGGCGGCGGCCGACCUGCUGGGCGUGUCACGCGACGGCCUGGCGCACGCGCUGACGACGCGCACGCGACAGACGCCGGAGGGCCCGAUUAUCAGCCCUCUCAACGUGCGAGCCGCCACCGAGAACAGGGACUCCCUCGCAAAGGUCAUCUACUCCAAGAUGUUUGACUGGCUGGUGGCCGCCAUCAACAACGCCAUUGGAGAGGACAAGAACUGCGCGGCCAGCGUGGGCGUGCUGGACAUCUACGGCUUUGAGUCGUUUGAGUUCAACGACCUGGAGCAGUUCUGCAUCAACCUGGCCAACGAGAAGCUGCAGCAGCACUUUAACCACCACGUAUUCAAGCAGGAGCAGGCUGAGUACGAGCGGGAGGCCAUUGACUGGUCCUACAUCGAGUUUGUGGACAACCAGGACGUGCUGGACCUGAUUGAGGGCAGGAUGGGCAUACUGGACCUGCUGGACGAGCAGUGCAGGUUCCCCACCUCGACCAACAAGGACCUGGCCGAGAAGCUCUACGCCAGCGGUGUCUGCCAGGGCAGCGCGCGCUUCAAGCGCCCCAAGCUCAGCCAGACCGCGUUCACCAUCGAGCACUACGCGGGCCCUGUGACGUACCAGUCCAACAACUUCCUGGAGAAGAACAAGGACUUUGUGGUGGCGGAGCACCAGUCCCUGCUGCAGGCCAGCUGCAAGCCCUUCGUGCAGCAGCUCUUCCCGCCGGAGCAGGAGUCCGUGUCCGACGCCACCGGCCCCGGGGGCGGCCCCAACAAGCGCUUCGCGGCCUUCAAGUUCAACAGCGUGGGCUCCCAAUUCAAGCGCCAGCUGGGGGAGCUCAUGGCGCAGCUGGGCCGCAUGGAGCCGCACUACAUCCGCUGCAUCAAGCCCAACAGCGGCAACAAGCCUGCGCUCUUCGAGAACGCCAACGCGCUGCACCAGCUGCGCUGCGGCGGCGUGCUGGAGGCGGUGCGCAUCUCGUGCGCGGGGUUCCCCAGCAAGCGGCCGUUCCCGGACUUUGUGGAGCACUUCUGGCCGCUGGCGCCGGAGCUGUACCACAGGCCAGAGCUGGACGACAGGGAGAUUGCGAAGACCAUCCUGGAGCGCAGCGGCAUCCCCGCGGGCAGCGGCUACCAGCUGGGUGUCAGCAAGGUGUUCCUGAGGGCCGGGCACAUGGCCGUGCUCGACAAGCAGCGCACCGAGCGGCUGGCCAGCGCGGCGACCGUCAUCCAGCGCUUCGCCCGCGGCCACCUCGCGCGCCUGCACCGCCGCGCCGCGGUGGCGGCCGUGCUGACGCUGCAGGCCGGCGCCCGCGGCAUGCUCGCGCGCCUGCGCGCGCGCGAGGCGCGGCGCCAGAAGGCGGCGCUGGCCGUGCAGACGGCGUGGCGGCGCCACAAGCUGCGGGAGGAGUACAAGCACGCGCACAUGCUGGUGGUCGCGGUGCAGGCGCUCUGGCGUGGGCGGCAGGCGCGCGUCCGCUACGACAGCAUGCGGCGCGAGAGCGCUGCCGUGGUGCUGCAGUCCAACUGGCGGCGCUUCGUGGCGGCCUCGGGCUUCGAGCGGCGGCGCGCCGCCGCGGUUGCGUUGCAGACGGCCUGGAGGGUCCGGGCGGCGCGCUCCGCGCUGCGCGCGCUCAAGACGGAGGCGCGCGAGGCCGGGAAGCUGCUCGAGGACAAGAAGGCCCUCGAGGGCAAGCGUCUGCAUGGGCUGCCAUUGCCGGCCCUCGUCGCGCCGUGUCCAUGA